AUGUCCAACAUGACCUACGCAACCUCUUCACCCGCGGCGACGACGGGAGGACAAGGCAAUAAUCCGUCCAGCGGUGCUGUCGACGCAAAUGGUCUGGCGACUUCGCGAUCGGACGCAGGGACUCCUCCUCUGGGGGCUCAUGGCUAUCGUCGCGCGUCGCGCAAAGCCUCCCCGGGCCAUUCGGAUCGGUCCAAUUCGCCCGUGUCCCGAACGGAGACCCCUGGCCUUCCUUUGAUGCAUCAACAACCCCCUCCUCCGCAGCACAAUUCCAAUAUCGCGCCGCAGCAUAUAUUCGAUAGUGUCACUCUGGGGAGGGAUCAUAACCUCAAUGCGUCCAAUGGGCUGUCGUCCACCCAGAUGCGCCCGCCAUCGCCUUCGUCGACCUCGGCGGCCCCCGACCGUCACCUCGAGUCUCCCCAGACAUACGAGGGCCUGUUGGCCGCGAAUGCGUCAUUGAAGACGCGCGUGAGCGAACUGGAGGUGAUCACCGAACUGUUCCGCGGUCGUGUGACGGAACUGGAACAGAGCGAUGCGACGGCGCGCCGGUCGGAGAUGAUCGUCCGCGACUCGGAGGCCCGCCUGCGACGGUCCCUGGAGGAAUCGCAGCGACGCGAGGACGAGCUGAAGCGGCGCGUGAGCGAGCUGGAACGCCGACUGUCGGAAACCGGCCACCCUGGUCAUGCUGCGAGUACGGACAGCCCAGGGGAACCGCUGGCCAAGCGGAUGAGACUGUCUGACGUGGUAGAGCAACCCUCCGUUUCUCCCACCAAAUCGCCCAAGAGCGUCUAA